AUGCACCGGAUUCACUCGUGGGCGAAAGCUCACGCGUCUUCAAGCGGCCUGCCAGACCAGUCUCCCUCCGAACAGGCCGCCGACCCUGUUAAUUCCGAAAAACCUUCUCAACAUGGACAAGUGAAUGUACCUGUGGAGGACCCCACUCCGGGGUCCGUCACGGAAACCAACACCAAACCGGGUCUUUUGAUCCGUAUGCGAAACGGGUCCGGCCGUUUCUAUCACCAUACUGCGGAUGCUAUCUGCCACAGCUGGAUUAAUGUCUUGCUGAUAUUUGUACCGGUCGGCAUUGCCUGUGAGGCCGCGGGUCUCAACCCAGCCCUCAUCUUCGCGGUGAAUGCAGUAGCCAUCAUUCCCCUGGCUGGACUGCUCAGUCAUGCCACGGAGAGUGUCGCCAGCCGACUUGGUGACACCAUCGGAGCUCUGAUCAAUGUCACUUUUGGAAAUGCAGUCGAGUUGAUCAUCUUCAUCAUCGCUUUGGUCAAGAAUGAGAUUCGCAUCGUUCAAGCUUCUCUUCUCGGCUCGAUUCUCGCUAACCUGCUCUUAAUCAUGGGCAUGGCUUUUCUCGCUGGUGGCCUUCGCUUCCGAGAACAGAUUUACAACAGUACUGUCACUCAGAUGAGUGCUUGUCUGCUCAGUUUGAGUGUGGUCAGUCUCCUGCUGCCCACUGCUUUCCACGCCUCAUGGUCGGAUAGCAAUAAUGCCGAUCGCGAGACACUCAAAGUCAGCCGUGGUACCAGUGUCGUUCUGCUGUUGGUGUAUAUUCUCUACAUCAUUUUCCAACUCAGAACACACUCGUAUCUCUACGCCAGUAUCCCUCAGGCCAUUAUUGACGAGGAAUCCAAACCUGGUGUUUUGGCAGAAUUUAUGAACAGCUCUUCGGAUUCGUCAUCUAGCUCCAGUGAUGAGUCGGAUGACACUACAACUUCCUGGACCACCGCCAAACGGAUCAAAAGAGCAAUGAAGUAUCGCAGACACCGAAAGUCAAGUACAAGCUCGAAAGGGACAAUCUCUCAUAAUUCCUUCCAGAAGAGGGCUAUGGCAUCGACUUCCAAUGAGAAUCACGGUUCCAUCUCCAAUUCAAUUGGUAGCAAUGAACACGCCAUUGAGCUCAGUGAUGAGAUUCGUUACGAUGCCGACGACGACAUCCUGCCCUCUUCGGCAGUCCGUUCUCGCGACUUUGGUUUGGCUCUGAGCCGCAUGGACAGCAAAGCGAGUAAGAAGUCGAAGAAACGAGAUCACAAGAGGCGCGAGACCCAGAAAGCAGAGAAGAAGGCUCAGAUCGAGGCCUCCGAACACAGCGGUCCCUCCGAUCAACGUCCGGUCCUCAAGGGAUUCCCAUCCGCCCCUAACGUUGUUGGCUUGGAAAGCGUGGAUGAUCCCCGGAAACGCCGGUCUCCUUUCGGACCUAUUCCGUCUCUGCUUUCCAACACUGUUUUCAGCUCCCAGUCACCCGCGGGCUCACCCCGUAUGGGGGCCACUUCCUCGCGGCCAGGAAUUUGUCGCAGCAACUCGCUCCCCGCACAUACCAGUCGUCCUCCGCUGGCCGGAAACGCAGUACAGUUCGCCCGUGGCGCUUCUCGUCUAACCGAGCAUAAUGAUAUCGUGGGUCCGGAGAUAGCUUCUCAGGCCCCGGAACCCACAAUGUCACGUACCGCUGCUGUUGUCAUGCUCCUGCUGUCCACUGCUUUGGUGGCCGUUUGUGCUGAGUUCUUGGUUGACGCUAUUCCCGAUAUGAUCGCUAGCUCAAACGUCAGCGAAGCUUUCAUUGGUCUCAUUAUCCUGCCCAUUGUCGGCAAUGCAGCUGAACAUGUUACUGCCGUCAGUGUUGCGACUAAGAAUAAGAUGGACCUGUCAAUUGGUGUAUCUGUCGGUAGUAGUAUUCAAAUUGCUAUUUUCGUCACACCCCUGGUCGUCAUCCUGGGCUGGUGUAUGGACAAGGACAUGUCUCUGUACUUCACGCUUUUCGAGACAAUUUGUCUCUUUGUAACCACCUUCGUUGUCAAUUUCCUUGUACUGGACGGCCGAAGCAACUACUUAGAGGGUGUCCUCUUGAUUGCAGCCUAUAUUAUCAUUGCCCUAUCUGCGUUCUUCUACCCGCCUAGUACGAAAUCAAGUGUUAUCGCAGGCUGA